AGUUGCACCGGCUUGGAAGGAUGAAAUACAACACAGAAAAAGAGAAGAAGGAGAAAAAGAAAGACGAGAUCAAGUAAGAGCGCAGUUGUUGGAUUCGCGACUCGACUUUAACAGGGUGCCAUGAACUGUGACGAUAGCCUGCACAUCAUCUCUCCUUUGAGAGACAGCGUCCCCUUGUCCAAGUUAGCCAAGACCAGAGUGUUCCUCAAGCUGGACAACUCCCAGCCGACGGGCUCAUUCAAGAUUCGGGGCAUUGGGCACCUGUGCAAGACCUGGGCGACAAGAGGAUGCAAACACUUUGUGUGCUCAUCAGGAGGCAACGCCGGGUUGGCAGCAGCAUACUCUGCGAGGAAACUGGGGAUACCAGCAACCAUCCUUGUUCCCACCAGCACUCCGUCCUUCACCGUUCAACGCCUGAGAGAUGAGGGAGCCACAGUUUCUGUAAUGGGAGAGAUCCUGGAUGAGACUAUUGAGCAUGCCAUGAGAAUGGCGGAGAACAACCCCGGCUGGGUAUACAUCCCACCUUUUGAUGACCCUCUCAUCUGGGAAGGCCACACCACGAUUGUCAAAGAACUGAAGGAAUUGAUGGAGGUCAAGCCAGGGGCCAUCAUCCUGUCCGUGGGAGGCGGUGGCAUGCUCUGCGGGGUCGUGCAGGGCUUAAGAGAAGUCGGCUGGCAUGAGGUGCCCAUCAUCGCCAUGGAAACAAAGGGCGCCCACAGUCUCAACGCAGCCGUGCAAGCCGGAGAACUCGUCACUCUGCCCGAGAUCACCAGUGUUGCCAAGACUCUGGGAGCUAAACGGGUGGGUGCACAGACACUUAAAGUGGCUAAGGAGCACCCAGUUUUUUCUGAGGUGGUGACAGAUCAGGAUGCCGUGAUGGCCAUUGAACGGUUUGUUGAUGAUGAGAAGAUUUUAGUGGAACCAGCAUGUGGCGCUGCGCUGGCAGCCGUCUACAAUAAUGUGGUCUAUAAGCUGCAGGAAGAAGGCAAGCUGAGUCAGGACUUGUCAUCAGUCGUCAUUGUGGUGUGUGGGGGCAACAACAUCACCCUGGGUCAACUGCAGAGACUGAAGGAGCAGCUGGGGCUUCCCAACACCAUAGCCGCCUAACUCACAAAACGGACAUUGUGUGUGGCCAUAGCGGAAAGAAUUCAGGAGAACCAAAUCUAAAAUUACAAUUCACACCAAAUACAAGAUAUUGGGUAAAAACUAAAAGAAACUUAGUGACCCAAGGAAACUGUAAGACGCCAUAGUGGCCGAGGUUUGUUAAAAUAAAUGCUGGAAUUCAGAGUCGUGAGCAAAAUACGGCAAGACACUGUGUCAUCAUGCACUUCGCAGAGUACACCUUUACUGUAACAACACGGUGUUCAAGAACUGCAGAAUUCUACUCAAACAGGAAGCACACACAAAUAUUUGUAACCAAUCAAUUUGCCCGUUACCUUUUCUGAUGAACAUCAACAUGUAACACACAUACAGUAUAUCCUUAAAAGCUCUGCAAGCAAAUCUAAUUGACCAAGAAUUAAGCAAAAACUUGGAACUAACAGAUAAAAAUUACAUAAAUUUUAAAUUAUGAAUGCAAAAGAGAAAUUGGCCUCUACCUACUUCCUUUGCUUCUUUAAAAGAGAUUCCUGUAAUUGUGGAGUCUGUCCCAAGGUAGAACAUUUGUAAUACAGAAUAAUAACACAUCAUAACGAGAAUGUGAUGUCUGUAGUGGAGGACAGUUAGUCGAUUCAUUGAGAGAGAGUACUUUCUAUUUUAACCCAUCAACUUUAGUCAUUCAGUUCAGUUUCAAAUUGUUGCUUUCUCUGUAUUUUUUUUUUUUUUUUAACCGGAUGUGGUGUUUGCAGAAGUAUUGCAUACAUUUAAACCAUUCUAUAAAGGCCCUACCCCACAAGGGAAGGUCCAACUGGCUCAUUGGGAUGGACCAUCAGCACCACCCUUCUAUGCAAAGAUAUAACUAAAAUAAAUGAUAAAUCUCAAUGUACUUAAACCCAUCUUGCUAUCGUGAGGUGGAUUAUACAUCAAUGUAUAGAAAAAAAAAAUACCAGCAAGCAACCUCGUUAUAAUUUCACAGGUGGUAAGAAUUCAUUAUGCGCAGACUGUACCACAGGAACCACAUUCCAAGCUGCCCACAUCAUUCCAAAAGUCUUCCAUCGAUUGUUUGCGGUAAGCGACAUCAUCCCAUUCAAUGCCUGAACCUUUCGGCCGUUUUUUAAAUGCACUUGGGUAAUAAAAGGUUGGAUAAACAUUCUAGGAAAUAGUCACUUACCCGCCAUCCCUUCCCUACUCAGGUAGGACUCAAGAUACCCAAAAAAUGAUAAUCUGACCAAUUCAAAUUUACAGUUUUCGAGGUGUAAUUUACAAAAUGUACCAGAAAUUGCCUGAGGUUUUAUUUUUAUGUAUUUAAAAAAAAAUUAUAUGUUCAACUUAGUGAAGCCUACUUUCUUAGCUUGGUGAUAAAGGGAAAUGUGCUCAUGACGAAGGACACCGUUACAAAUGGCUACUGACCUUGCAAACACAGUGGUGUCUCCUGGCCAGUCGACUGGAGUUUGACUUAUUUGUUCUUUUUGUGUAUAUAAAGUUUUGUAAAGUAGCCUGUUAAUUUAUAGCUGUUGGCAAAUUAAAUGUUGAUCUUCAUGUUAUUAUGUUAAAGAGGUUCCAUUGAAAUUUAAAAUACUUUGUUAUUAAAGGAUAAAUAAAAACUACGCUUUUUUUUCUCUA